GCCCUGUGAUUUGGAAGCAUUAUUGGUUGGAAUAAUCAUAUAAAGUAGUUUAUUAAGUCAAUAUUUACUAUACUAUCUUUCUCCUUUUCCUUACACCCUGAAACCUCACAUCAGAACAAGGGUCCCUAAGAAAUUGUCCAGGUAAACGAAGCGAUGGCAGUGGCACUCUCUCGUACUGAAAAAGCUCAGAAGCUGUGGCAUGCCUGGAGUAUUAGGGGAUUAAUGACUGUAAGCCUCUCUCUGCAGGUCAUCUUAAAUCUCUUGGCACCAAAAAGAAAAGUUCAAAGUGAUCGGGGGAAAUGGAUCAUUGGGUUGAUUUGGUUCGUUUUUCUAGCAGACUGGGUUGCUACAUCUACCAUGGGACUCAUCUUACACAGCAAUAGUCCCAAAUCAGGCGGCCCUCCUAUUGACAUCAUUGCCUUUUGGACACCCUUUCUCUUGGUGCACCUUGGUGGCCCCGAUACUAUUACCUCUUAUUCUCUACAGGAUAAUGAGUUGUGGCAAAGGCAUUUUCUUGCGCUCCUGUCGCAGGUUUUUUCUACUUUCUACGCCUUCUUUAAGUCCUCACCAAAUAACGAGGUUUGGCUCGCAACCAUCCUAGUGUUACUUGCAGGCAUAAUCAAAUACUUUGGGCGGACCCUUGCUCUUAACCGUGCAAGCUUUGACAAAUUAGGAAAAAAUUGGGUGCCGGUCGGCGGGGGAACUCAACUAGUCAUUCCAAAACAGUUCCAUGGCAUGGAGAACCACACAUCAAUAUCAGGAACUACAGUUCUACUCUUUAGCAAUUUAAAGAGGAUACUUGUUGGCCCUCUUCCAAAGGAAAACGAACUAAAGCGAAUCAUAGAAAGGAUCAUGCUGCGGAGGAGUGAUGGAGAAGUGCUUCGGAUUUUUGAGAUUGAGCUAAGCCUCUUGUAUGAGGUUCUUCACACCAAGUUGCCCCUGAUAGAUAGCAAGAUUGGAUCCUAUCUCCGUAUGGCAAAUUUUGGAUGCAUAUUGGUUGCCUUGAUUUCGUUCUCAUUGGUCAAUAAGCAUUACAAGUUGGAGUUGUCUGACAUCUUGAUAACCUAUGGUUUGCUGAUCGGGGCAUUAGCAAUGGAUGUCUUAUCUUUCAUAUUAAUUAAAAGCUCAGAUUGGUUCGCAAUUUCUCACAUCCAAGAUGGAUCUCAACUUAUCAACAAGCGCGAGUUGCCUGAUGCAGUUAUCAAAAGGCGCAGGUGGUCGAAAACCGUUUCACAGUUCAAUUUUUUAACACAUCAUGUGAAAAAACUGGGUGAUAUUCCUUCCGUAGGGACUUUGUUGUCCAAAGUCAUUAAUAAUUUUCGUUGUCAGUCCUUCCAACAUUUCGAGGACUCACUCUGGACUUUCAUUUUGAGGGAAAUAAAGAUGAAAUUUGACUGCAGGUACUGCUACAAAAACAAAGAGGAGAAAGAAGUUUGGUUGUCAGAAGAAGAAAUUGAAAAACUUCUUGAGCGAGUCAUGAAUCAGAAGCAGCAGGAGUUGAUCAAGAAUUUAACUGGAAAGUUGGAUUACACACAAACCCUCCUGGUGUGGCACAUAGCCACUGAAUUAUGCUUCCGAAACAACGACCACGGCAUGCAUGGGACAACUGAUACUUACAGAUCAAUAUUGUUAGAAACGGAAAAGAAGGAGAAAUAUCUGAAAAAAGAGAUGCAGCCCACCAUGAUGGCCGGUGUAUUGGACAAUUGGAAAGAUGAGUUUAAAAGAACAUCUAAAGAGACCAGGUCAAUGGUACCCUUGAAGUUUUUCUCAAAUGAGAGGAGUUUUGCUGAAAAGAUCUUGUUCGCGUCCCAGGAAGUAAAAGUAAAAAUAGAAGAAGAAGAUGAUGAUGAAGAAAUGAAGUUAUUAUCUGAAGCAGUUGAGGUUGCCCGUGGGCUCGAACGGGAGGAUGGUUAUCCAUGGGAGGGAAUUAAUGGGCAAAGUUUGGGUACAAUUGAUGUGCUAUGCUGCUAUUAAAUGCAGGCCGAAUGUCCAUGCAGAUCAACUAAGCAAGGGUGGAGAACUUCUCACGUUCGUUUGGUUGUUGAUGAGUCAUUUUGGUUUUGGAACUAAAUACAGAAAGUUGAGAGAAUAGUUCAAAAAAGAACCUGAAAGAAGACAGGGGGAAGAAUAAGGAUCAUUUAUGUAUGUUUUCGACUUAUAUCUGGAAUUGGGUUCUCUAUUGUCUUAAAUUGUUUAUUGUAUUAUGUUAAAGUAAUUUUGUACUAAAUUUCUGUAUUUAAA